AUGUUCUCAGGUUUAUCGAAACGUUCUCUUCAAUUAUCUCGAUGCUCGUCUAGGCUGAAUGCUGCACGUCAAGCUUCAACAAAUGCUAGCAACCACACCGCUUAUGAGGAAGCUCUCAAAUUGAUUCAAAUUGACAAGAAGGAGAGACUCAACAUGUUGGAGCGUUUAGAGAAGGAAAUUACCAGAGUUGCAAAGAAUGCUACACCUGCACAAAUCAAGGCACUUGAUGCAUUAAAGUUUGAUUUGCAAGUUAAAUCAGAGCUGAACGAACCCGAAGUGCAAAAGAACUUUAAGCUUGGAAAGAUCGAUAUGGAAAAGCCUGUCUAUCGUUACAUGCGUCAAAAACAAUUUGAAAAGGCACCCAAGAGUAAAUUGAUGGAACGUUUGACUCAAAUGAAUGUCAUUCCCGAUAUUUUAGCUCCUGGAUUAGAGCCCACAGUGGAAGUCAAUGUCAAAUUAGCUGAAGGCCAAGUUGAACCCGGUGUAUUUCUGAAGCCUGAACAGAGCAUUGAACCCCCUGAAAUCGAAAUUACAAACUUCCAUCCCGAACCCAAAUUGUACACUUUAAUGUUGGUUGAUCCCGAUUCACCUGAUGUAACUAAUCAAACAUAUCAACAACAUUGUCAUUGGUUAUUAUCAAAUGUGUCUUUAUCAGCUGCCUCACCUAUUGUCAAGGGUGGUGAUUCUGUCUUGGAUUAUCUUCCUCCUCAUCCCCAAAAGGGCACCAAAUAUCACCGUUAUACUGUAAUUGCAUAUGAACAGCCCAACGAAGGUCAAGAUAAGGUUGAUAUUAAGGUGGAGAGCAGAGAUCAUUUUGACGCAAAGAAAUUGGCAGAUGCUCAUGGUUUGAAGGCUACCGGUGCCACCUUCUUCCGUCAAGAAUGGGACGCCACUGUCAGCAAAAUCUACAGCGAGAUUCUUAAGCAAGAUGAACCUAUUUACGGCAAACCACCCAAGCAACAACGUUAUAUUCAAAGAACUGUGUAUUAUUAG